UAGUAAUCUUUGAGUCUUCAACGAGCUACAACAUCUUCAAAAUGAAAUUCGCCAUCGUCCUGUUCGCCCUCUUCGCUGUGGCCCUGGCUGCUCCUUCUGAUGAUGUCGUCCUGAAACAAGAAUUCGAUAAUAUUGGAGUCGAUGGCUUUAAUUAUGCUUUCGAGACCAGCAAUGGUAUUGCUGCUCAGGAGCAGGGUCAGCUGAAGAACGCUGGCACGGAACUGGAGGCCCUCGCCGUCAAGGGUUCCUUCUCCUUUGUGGCCGAUGAUGGCCAGACCUACACCGUCAACUACAUCGCCGAUGAGAACGGAUUCCAGCCCCAGGGUGCCCAUCUGCCCGUUGCCCCCACCGCUUAGGCCAUCCAAAGAGUUAAAAUAAAUUGUUUAUAAAAGAA